GGAGUUACUGUGAGAAGUAAAACUUAUUUCUUAGCUAUUUCCCCCCCCCCCUUAAUUGCUGUAUUACAGAAUUCAGAGAACAUCUGAGAGGAAAAGAAAACAUGCCUUCCCUGCAAACGGCUUUGCCUCCUGAGCUUGCUAACAACGUGAUAAGGCUCUACCGUGAAUGCCUCAGAAGAGCUCGGUUCAUUGGUCAUCGGUCAAAUAACACAGAGCUUGUUGUUGAUAUGGUAAGGCAGCAGUUCAAAAAGCACAUGCAAGAGACAGAUCCAGAAAAGAUUCAGAAAUUGAAGGACGAUGCUGCAAGAGGACUUAUAAAUCAUAUUCUUUAUGAGUCAGAGAAGAUUAGUGGUCGCAGAUUCAGCAAUAACUCUUGAAAAUGACUCAUUUAUCUUCCGUCCAUGCAUCAUUUGGUAACU